AUGAGAUUCUCUACAACCACGUUGCUGAGCAUCAUUGCUCUUGCAGGUGUUUCCAACUGUGCUCCAGCUCCCAAAGCCAAAGCUCUUGCUGAGCCUGAAUGCACCACCACUGCCAAGGAGUACCACGCUCACCACAAGCACAAGCGUGCAAUUGCCUACGACUACGUCUACGUGACUGUCACUGUUGAUAAGUCCGGUAACACGGUGGCUGCCACUACCACCUCCAGUUCUACCUCUUCAGAAAGCACCGGUUCUGACACCGUUGUCAGCACUGAGGCUGAAACUUCAACCGAGGAGGCAACUUCGAGUGCCGAGGAGACUUCCUCGGCCUCUGAGACACCAAGCUCUUCCUCUUCAAGUGCCGAGUCAUCCUCUGCCUCUUCUACAGAGUCAAGUGCCACUGCCACUUCCACUUCCACCUCUUCCUCGUCCGGUUCGGGAAGCAUUGACGGUGACCUCUCUGCUUACUCAGACCCAACUGAGAAGUUCGAGGAUGGAACGAUCAAGUGUUCCGAUUUCCCAUCCGGUCAGGGUGUUAUUGCCCUUGACCACCUCGGAUUUGGUGGUUACUCCGGUAUUUACCACCCAGAUGACACAUCUACAGGUGGAUCGUGUACCGAUGGCUCUUACUGCUCAUACGCGUGUCAGCCUGGUAUGUCCAAGACCCAAUGGCCUUCUGACCAGCCAUCCAACGGUGUUUCCGUUGGUGGUCUUUACUGUGAUGGUGGCUACCUUUACAAGUCUUCUGACAACGACUACCUGUGUGAAUGGGGUGUCGACAAGGCUUACGUUGUGUCUGAGAUCGAUGAUUCAGUUGCCAUCUGUCGUACCGAUUACCCAGGUACCGAGAACAUGGUUAUCCCACUUGUUGUUGACGGUGGUUCCACCGGUAUCCUCACCACUGUUGAUGAGGCCUCUUACUACAAAUGGCAGGGUGACGUCACAUCUGCUCAGUACUACGUGAAUAACGCUGGUGUCUCCUGGGAAGAUGGAUGUGUCUGGGGAGACUCUAGCUCCGGUCUCGGAAACUGGGCUCCUCUUAACUUCGGUGCAGGCUAUGAUAAUGAUAUCGCCUACCUGUCCUUGAUUCCAAACCCAAACAACUACGACGCUGCCAACUUUAACGUUAAGAUUGUUGCAUACGAUGACGAUUCCAGCGUUUCUGGAGAAUGUGUGUACGAGAACGGUAAGUACAACGGUGAUGGAACGGACGGAUGCACUGUUGGUGUUACCAGUGGUAAAGCCAAGUUUGUGCUUUACAACUAA